AUGGCUUUUGAUAUAUCUGCUAGACCAAAUUCAUUAAUACAACAGGUUGAUCGUAGUUUACUUUCUCGCAAUGUUUAUUCAUUAAAUAAACAUUCUGGUCGAUCAUUCUCAGGUCUUGAUAAUAUUUCUAUAAAUGACAGGAAGUAUAAUGAUCCCGAGUUUCCACCUGUACCUGAAAAUAUUACAAAAUACAAUGGAAGAACAUGGUCUGAUGAUUAUGAACUUGGAGCAAUCGUAGCACAAUGGGUACAUCCCGAACAAAUUCGAUGGUCUAAGGGAGCUGAAAAGUAUCCAUUAACUGUAUUCAAUCAACCACAUCCAAUGGAUAUUAUUCAAGGUCGUCUUGGUAAUUGUUGGUUUAUUUCUGCAUUGUCAUUAAUCGCUGAAAUACCACAAAUAUUAGAGAAAGUUAUGAUCACAAAACAAUAUAAUCCAGCUGGACUCUAUAAAAUUCGUUUAUGUAAUCGAGGGAUUUGGCAAGUUAUUACAAUUGAUGAUAUGUUACCUGUAACACAAGCAAAUACAUUGGUCUUCACACGAAGCCACAAAAAACAAUUGUUUGCAUCAUUAAUUGAAAAAGCAUUAGCAAAAAUGCAUGAAAGUUAUAACGCUCUUGAGUAUGGAAGAUGUGUUGAAGGUUUGCAAACAUUAACAGGUGAACCAUGUGAAGUAUUAUUGUUGCGUUCAACUGAUCCUAAAAAGCAACCUAAUCUUAAUCAUAUAUGGGCUAAAAUAAUUGAAUCACGGAUGAAAGGAUAUCUUAUGGCAUGUUUAUCUUCGAAUAAACAACUUCAUGAGCAAACAUUUCAUCACAUGGGUCUGGAAUCAGAUCAUGCUUAUAGCAUUCUUGAUGUACGACAAAAUGGUUCUCAAAAAGUUGUUCGUUUACGUAGUCCAUCGGGUAAAAAAGAAGCGAAUGGUUCAUUCUCAGAAAAGGAUGGUGUUUUAUGGAUGCCUUGGGAACAAAUGUCUUCGUUUUUUAAUGAUAUUACUAUUUGUAAAAUCCAUACACAUCAAUAUAAAGCUCGUAAAAGUGGUCAAUUUAGUGAUUUUUCAUCUACAAUAACAUCAGUAUAUAGUCUUGAUUGUCCAUAUGGAGCUGAACUUGAAAUUGAAUUAUUUAAUGCUGGUGAUGGAAAAUAUCAUAAUCGUUCAAAAGAGCCUGAUAUAGAUCUUUUCUUAAUUGUACUUAGUUCAAAUGGUUCUUGUCAAGCAUAUAAACAUGGUCUUGAUUAUUAUAUCACAUUGUCAACAACAGUAUCAUCUGGUCGAUAUAUUAUAUUAGCUGGUUCCAUGUCAGUAGUUAAUUAUUCGAUACGGCCAAGGUUUAAUUUGGUUGUACACGGUACUCAAUCAUUUACUCUUAAUGAACAACCAUCAUCAUGUGAAUUAGUUGGCAAUGCAUUUCAUGCAGUUGCUCUUCAAGCUAAUAAUCGGAAAGAUUUUGGAGAUGGCAUAUCGAUUUUAACAUUUAAUGAUAAUGGAGGUUUUGGUUUUGUUUGUGAAAACAAAUCCGAUCGAACAAUUCGUCUAACUACUGAUUUUCAAGGAUCUAAAAAUGUUUUUUCUUCUCGAAAAACUUUUCAUAUGGUUGAUAUAAUUCCAGCUAAAACAAAGCAACUUUUUGCAAUGUUUACACGAAGAGUGCUUUCGCGUGAUAUAAACAUAGUAUAUCAGGUUGAAUAUCAGCCUUUAAAUCAAUUAAAUGGUAUUGAUCAUAUUCGUGCAAGAAAUAAUCCGCCUAUAAGUCCUCAAGCUCUCGGUCUUCAUAUAUCGAAACCUGUUCAUCGAAAUUUUUAA